AGGGACAAAAAGUGGACCUCCACCCCACUCAUUUGUCUAAUUGAGACAAAAACCAUCUCCCUCAUCUCACCACCUCCAUCCAUUCGAACCAACACCCAAGAAGAGCAAGAAGGAGCUCUGAAAUUCACCAUUUUUACAUCCAAAUUCGAGCUCAAGGAGGAGUAACCCAAAGAAGGUGUUUUAAGAAGGAAAAAGUUGGGAGAAAGUGAGAAAGAUUAAGGAACUUGAGCUAAGCAUUUUUUAGCUUCGCCGGAGUUUCGCCGGAGUUGGUCAAAGUUCGCCGGAGUUGGUCAAAGUUUGCCGGAAUUAGCCAAAGUUCAAUCGGGAAGCGUAGAACGCGCUCAAGCUCACUUAAGUUUCAGGUAGGGAGUAAAGCUUGCUGCCAUCACCGUUGCUCGGGUAGGAUCCAAGAAGGGGAGACGUGAAAUGGAGCCAAUUGGUAGAAUCACUAGGAGGAACCCGACGGGCCGUGUACCGGGUGGGUCCGAACGCGGCAGCCGGGGGUCCACUAGGGUGUCAAGGGGAAGAGGCCGUGGAGGCCAACAACAGAUCGUGAGCGAUGGCCACGUGGACACCGAGAGUGAGACUUAUUGGUCCUAUGAGGACUCAACUUAUAGACCGGAAACCGAGCCGGUGGAAACCCCAUAUGAUGGGGAGGAUGAUGAUGUGAGUGAAGAGAGUGAAGAUGAUGGCACUCUUGGGAGAAUCGAGGCGCUGCUCCAACAAUAGCACCAGGAGCGUGAGGAGAGGAGACAACGCCGAAGGCGCCGAGCGGGGCAACCUUCGGGCAUGGCUUCAAGAGGGGGAAGUCAUGGUGCUUCUAGGGUCCAUGUUGAACCCCACGGAGGCCAAAAUGCUGGAGUGUUAGGUCCCUGUUUUCUAGUCUAGAAUGUGUAUGUAUGGAAGAUAGAUCUGGG